AGGCAAUGCUUUCCCCUCUUCCUGAGGAUGGGGUGAGCGUCCUACACACACUGACCACUAGGUGCGGUUUCAAUCAAAGAUAGUUAGACAGGUAUCCUUGGGCAAUGCUUUCCCCUCUUCCAGAGGAUGGGGUGAGCGUCCUACACACACUGACCACUAGGUGCGGUUUCAAUCAAAGAUAGUUAGACAGGUAUCCUUGGGCAAUGCUUUCCCCUCUUCCUGCCGCUAGGCUCAGCUUCAAUCACAAUAGGAAUGAGCAGAGCUUUCUCUUCUCUUCCGAAGACCCUUCAAAAGAGAGGACAAGGCAGGUCUCUCAUAUACCGACCAAUGGUGUGCAGAACAUACUGGGUGACACCCUCCGAAACCCAGGGACACCUGGAUAUCGGCUUAUCAGCAGAGUGGCAACAAAGAGUGUUAGAGAAUUUGAAUACAAUGGUGUAUCAAUGAGGACAGAGGUGCCUGGCCCCAAGUCUAGGCAGCUAACAAGGCAACUGGGACAGAUUCAGAAUGUCACAACGGUGAACUUUUGUGAUUAUGAAGAGAGUCAGGGUAAUUACCUGGUGGAUGUGGAUGGAAAACGGAUGCUGGAUGUGUACAUGCAGAUCACCUCAAUCCCCAUCGGAUACAAUCAUCCAGCACUACUGUUAGUACUGACAAACCCCCAUAAUCUGGGUGCCUUUGUAAACCGGCCAGCUCUUGGGGUGCUACCUCCUCAGUACCUUCCAGAUAAGCUGACUGAGGGCCUGCUUUCAGUUGCCCCAAAAGGGAUGAGUCGAGUUCAGACCAUGUCCUGUGGCUCCUGCUCCAAUGAAAAUGCCUACAAAGCCAUAUUCAUUUGGUACCAGAAAAAACAAAGGGGAAACAACGAGCCAACGCCAGAAGAGUUGAACUCAAGUGUGAUCAAUCAGGCUGUCUGUCCACGACGCACACGAAGGCUAUCCAGAGGCUGGAUGCCCCUUCCUUUGAUUGGCCGAUCGCGCCUCUCCCCAAACUGCAGUACCCCCUGGAAGAGUUUGUCAGAGAAAGUGCGCAAGAAGAAGCCCGAUGCCUAGAAGAGGUUAAAAUGAUUACAUUCAGCACUAGGCCUAUGUGCAAGAUAUUUAGAGAAACUGAAACUGCAUUUGGGGUACAACUGUAUGGAGGCACAUGUCAGUCAGUCUUGUUAGUUUUUACUUUUAUCAUGUACAAGUUGUCUGCUGUAUUUCCCAUCACGCCGUUACCCUCACACCCUUAGUGCCGCCAGGGGUCAGGUGACCUUCUGUGCCAUUGAUGUCAAAGAUGAGGCCACACGAAACAGCCUCAUUCUCAAAGCUAGGAACAGGGGUAAGGACUGCAGACAUCUGCAAUGUUCGAGGUCUUAUGCUAAACUUUCUGGAUAAAAAUGAAUCAUUUAUUAAUAAAGACAAAUGUAUUAUAAAGUACAUUUGAAUUGUAGAACUAAGUAACAAUGUUUAUAGUACAGGUACUAUUUUAAUGUAUGCUCUACAGGUUUGGGCAUUUCAGGUCCAGAAGCUACAAAUCCAGACCAAGAUUUUGUUUCUACCAAUCAGUUGAACAUAAAGUCAUAUAGUCACAAAGUACUCAACUGGUUGGUAUGAACAAAAUCUUGGUCUGCAUUUGUGGAUUCUGGACCUGAAAUGCCCAUCACGGAUGCUCCGUUUGCUCAUUAAAUGGAAGCAUGAUUUAUUUCACUGUUUAAUUAA